GACGCCUCUCCCCCCUACGCCCCCGCCGCGGAAAGUUAAGUUUGAAGAGGGGGGAAGAGAGAAACAUGGACAUGAAGAGGAGGAUCCACCUGGAGCUGAGGAACCAGACCCCGGCAGCUGUUCAAGAACUUGUCCUGGACAAUUGCAAAUCAAAUGAUGGGAAAAUUGAGGGCCUAAUGGCUGAAUUUGUGAACUUAGAGUUCUUCAGUUUAAUAAAUGUAGCUUUGGGCUUCCCUGGCUUCAUUUCAGUUUCAAAUCUCCCCAAACUACCUAAAUUGAAAGAGCUUGAGCCCAGUGACAACAGAAUCUUUGGAGGUCUGGAUAUGUUAGCAGAAAAACUUCCAAAUCUUACACAUCUAAACUUAAGUGGAAAUAAACUAAAAGAUAUCAGCACCCUGGAACCUUCGAAAAAGUUGGAAUGUCCGAAGAGCCUGGAUCUGUUUAACUGUGAGGUUACUAACCUGAAUGACUACCAAGAGAGUGUCUUCAAGCUCCUGCCCCAGCUGACCUACCUGGAUGGCUAUGACCGAGAGGACAGUGAAACCCCUGACUCAGAUGCCGAGGUGGAUGCUGAUGAAGAUGAAGAUAAUGAGGAUGAAGAAGAGGACGAUGAAGGAGAAGAUGAGGACCAGGAGGAGGAGGAGGAUGGUGAGGAAGAAGAGUGUGAUGAUGAAGAAGAUGAAGAUGAAGAUGUAGAAGGGGAGGAUGAAGAUAAAGUCAGUGGGGAGGAAGAAGAAUGUGGACAUGAUGGAGAAGCUGAUGAAGAUGAAGAUGAGGAUGAGGAGGAAGAAGAGGAAGAAAGCGGGAAAGGUGAGAAGAGGAAGAGAGAAACAGAUGAUGAAGGAGAAGAUGAUUAAGACCCCAAAUAACCUGCAAAAAGAGAACUGUUCAGUACUGGUUGGACGGCUCACAUGGAUUUGGUAGCUGUUUAAAAAA